CGGAGCCGGCCAGCUGGCUGGCGGCCCCACCAUCGCAAGUGCCCCGCACCUGCCCGCCUGCUCUGAGCAUCUAGAGAAGGCGGCAUUUCGCAUGGGUAAAAUCCGCGCCUGGACGCCGGGAGAAUGUUGUUGCUCUUGCCGUUCGGCCCAUUGUACAGACGCAGCCAGCGAGGCUCGCAAAGCUCAGGGAUGCACGUAGGACUGGCCCGCACCUUGCAGCCACGGAAAGAUCCGCCUGGCCCGCGGCCCCUCCACGCCUCCGAGGUCGAGACAGUGACAUAAGUCAACUCUCGAGCCCAGGGCGUCUCUCCACUCUGCUUAGACGUCCACUCCGUCUGCCUGCAGCUACGGCCGGUGCGUCCCGCUUCGACUCCCUCUGCUUUCCUUCUCAGCUUCUCGCCUCCAGACUGUUCCGGCGCCGCUGCCUGAAAUUACCUGCCCCGGGGGAGGCGCGGCGCGCGGCGCGCAGCCUCAUGACGGAACUACAACUCCCAUGAGGCGCUGGGCACACGCAAGCGCGCCGCGGCUGAACUCGCCGCGCCGGAAUCCUAUUGGCUGGGCCGACUCUGAGGCGGGAGCCCUGAUUGGUUGAUGGGUCUGAGGCGACAGAUUCCGGAAAGGGGAAGAGCAGCCAACAUGGCGGCGGAACGCGGCGCGGGGCAGCAACAGUCGCAGGAGAUGAUGGAGGUUGACAGGCGGGUCGAGUCCGAAGAAUCUGGCGAUGAAGAAGGGAAGAAACACAGCAGUGGCAUCGUGGCAGACCUCAGUGAACAGAGCCUGAAGGAUGGGGAGGAGCGGGGGGAGGAGGACCCAGAAGAAGAACAUGAGCUGCCUGUGGACAUGGAAACCAUCAACCUGGACAGAGAUGCAGAGGAUGUUGAUUUGAAUCACUGUCGCAUUGGGAAGAUUGAAGGAUUUGAGGUACUGAAGAAAGUGAAGACUCUCUGCCUCCGCCAAAAUUUAAUUAAAUGCAUUGAGAAUCUGGAGGAGCUACAGAGUCUUCGAGAGCUGGAUCUUUACGACAACCAGAUCAAGAAGAUUGAGAAUCUGGAGGCGCUAACAGAGCUGGAGAUUCUAGAUAUUUCUUUUAAUCUGCUGAGAAACAUCGAAGGGGUUGACAAGUUGACACGACUGAAAAAACUCUUCUUGGUCAACAAUAAAAUCAGUAAAAUUGAGAACUUAAGCAACUUACAUCAACUACAGAUGCUAGAGCUGGGAUCUAACCGCAUCCGGGCAAUUGAAAAUAUUGACACCUUAACCAACCUGGAGAGUUUGUUUUUGGGGAAAAACAAAAUUACUAAACUUCAGAACCUGGAUGCGCUCACCAACCUGACAGUCCUCAGUAUGCAGAGCAACCGGCUGACCAAGAUCGAGGGUCUGCAGAACCUGGUGAACCUGCGGGAGCUGUACCUUAGCCACAAUGGCAUCGAGGUCAUUGAGGGCCUGGAGAACAAUAACAAACUCACGAUGUUGGACAUUGCAUCAAAUAGAAUCAAAAAGAUUGAAAAUAUCAGCCAUCUAACAGAGCUGCAAGAAUUCUGGAUGAACGACAAUCUCCUUGAGAGCUGGAGCGACCUCGACGAGCUGAAGGGAGCCAGGAGCCUGGAGACGGUGUACUUGGAGGGGAACCCCCUGCAGAAAGACCCCCAGUACCGGCGAAAGGUCAUGCUCGCCCUCCCCUCCGUGCGGCAGAUUGACGCCACGUUCGUCAGGUUCUGAGUCCUCCUUGCUCCUCCUAUGGUCCCUGUCCUCGGAAGAACUGCCCAGCCACGGUUUUUUAACCCACCUGUUGCUCCUGAGGUCGUCACUAUAUCAACAGUCAAAAACCCAAUGGCAAUAAAGGCACUGAGGAUAGCUGACGCGCGAUGCCACGCGCCAUUUUCAGAUGCCAUUGCAAUUAAACCUUGCCACACGGUCCUCCUGGGUGAUUGUGGACAGUUAUUGUAGCCACAGAGAGCACAUAAGACACGUUGCGUUCAUUCACUAGAAAUUCCUUUCUGUUUCCUUCUCUCAGAAGGCGGUCAUGGUCCCCACCUGGGUUGUGUGAAACAGGGCCUGAGAGUGCUUUACAGGUAUUCACGUGCUGUCCGAGUGGCAUUCAGUGGCUGGCCCAGCCGGCCCUAGUCCUGGUGUGCAGGGUUCAGGCAGUCCUGACCUGCAACAACUGAGGUUUUUUAGUCUUUUAAACCAGACAAUGCUAAUUUUUUAAAAAUUAGGUAAGUUAAAAAACAUGGGUAAAAGCUAACUCAGUCCUGUGUGCUUGUGUUCCUUAGAGCUCUCCUUUAAAGAGUGCCGGGCAGGGCUGACUGCUUUCACGUGUGCCUGUCAGUUCUCACCACAGCCCUUGCCUGUGAGUGAAAGCUCAGGUGUGGGGAGGGCGUCCCGUGUCCCGGCGGUGCUGUGCUGCUGCCAGGAUGCCAGCCCCACUGAGCUUCUCCAAAGUGGGCCUCCAAGGAUCUGAACCCUUGGCCACUUGUGUAGUGGCCUCCUGUUCUCACCCCAUUGUUAUUUUGGCUUUUUUAAUAUAAAAUGUACAUUGACAGA